GCCAAUCACAUUGCGUGUCGUCACAGAUGCGGAAGUAGUGUUCAUUCUUUCUACCGGUUUCUUCAAGUUGAAACGGGUCCCAUGGUAGCUCUCUUUUUCGGACACUCGAGAGAUGCUGCUGCUGGUGCUUGGUGCCCUCCUCCUGCUCUUCUGCAGUCUGGAUGUGUGGUACUUCCUGCGGGGGGCCCAGGUUUUUUUCGAGGCGUGGUUUCAACCCAGAAUAUGGGACAUUUUAGCCGAGCAAAGCAUCGAUGGCAUGGUCCUUCCCCAUGAUUUGGACUACAUGGGUCACAUGAACAACUCCCGAUACCUCAGGGAGUGUGACUUUGCCCGCUUCCAUCAUUACAUGCGAAACGGGCUGUUCAUGGCUUCACGUAAACUGGGGGCCAAAAUGGUAGUAGGGGCCUCCACUAUUCGUUAUCGCCGCUCUUUGGCCUUCCGGGAGGCCUUUGAGAUUCGGACCAAAGUUGUGGGAUGGGAUGAGAAGGCCUUUUACUUGGAGCAGCGCUUUGUAUCCAAAAGGGAUGGCUUUGUCUCUGCAGUGAUGCUCUGCAGGCAGAAUGUGGUACACUGCAGCCCAGAUAGGAUCAUUGAGUUUGUCUGCAAGAGAAAGAUUGAAUGCCCUGCGUUUCCUGAGGACCUUAAACACUGGAUCAGCUUCAUUUCAGCCAGCAGCCAAGCCCUGAGAGCAGAGAGUGGACUGGAAGAGAAGAACAAGUGAAGCCGCGCUCUGACCCUUCGAAUCAUGAGUGUAGUCCUACAUAUCAUUCGCAUUGCACGCACAUAUACAGCAUACACACAUACGCACAUCCUAGAGUUUUUGUUUGACUUCCAAAAUUCCACAUACCUCUGUUUUUGAGUGAACCCUACCUGUGGUGUAUUUUUGUAAAAUGUGAAGAAGAAAGCUGGAAAUCCACAUCUAUAAAUAGGUGUUGAUUUGUAUAUUAAGGUAUUCUGCACAAAAUGCACUGGGAUCAAAUAGAAAGUUGGACAAGAAUGUAGCACUAUUCUUGCAGCUUAUUCAGUAGUUGACUGUGAAUAAACCGGCUUUACAAUUCAUCAUCAUCUACAUUUAGAGAAAUCCUACUUUUAGGUAAGCAUGUAGAACAAAAGUUAACCGUAACACUGACAUCAAUGCAUGUUUUGGAACAAACAGAAUUUUUUUGUGCCUGUUUCUCUCAAUUAGCUGUAGUUUAGACUCUAACCAUUUCAGAGAAUAAUAACUUUUUACAAAAGGCUAAAUGUCAUGAAAUACUUGAAUGGACAUGAUGACCAUGUACUGACAGCUAUUUUAAUCUUCCCAUCAGCAACUUGCACAAACUUUCCAAGGUUAGGAGACACACCGAAUUCAGAUCAACAUUCUGAAAGGGAAUAUUUGAUUUUGAGCAGCUGGAUGUGUUUAUCAGUUCAGUAUUCUUUUUUUUUUUUUUUUCUAGUUAAUUAUAUAUGCAUUUAAAGGGUGGUCUGCUUGGUUGAUGCUGCAUGUGAAGUGCUUGAAUCGAUUUAUGACUGUGGUGGCAACUUCUUAAAAACCUGCACUUUUAAGGGAAAAACUGAAUGUCAGGAUUGCAGAGGUGUCAGGAUCUUGCGACAGCAUUUUAAAUCUGGAACCUUCCCUUUAAUGCAUCGAAGCUUUAGUUUGUGACCAAAGUAAUGUAUUUCUCUGUUUGAAAAGAAGUCAGUUCAUAACGAUGUAUUGUAUGUCUACUUAUUUAUGUAAAUGAAUGCACUGACCAUUAAAUCCUGUUGACAUUGCUUAAGUUUUUAAGUAUGUAUUGUCUUUUAAUUUCCUCUUAUUUUUAACUUAUUGACAUGAGUUAUGUAUCAGAUUGUAUUUAUUGUUUGAUAAUUAUUUAAAUGCAUUUUAAAUUAAAAAUGCUUUGAAACCUA